AUGGCGGCCAGACAGCCUCAGUUCAACCAACACAUUCUCGUCGACACAACGCCUAUGCCCGAAGGCAUCCCCAAGGUCCAAGAAAUCGGCGCUACCUCUGCUCCGCUGAUGAGCGCAUCUUUCUUCAUUGGUGACCGCUGCCAGGCUUAUAACGAUGAUUAUAUGAAGUGCAAGGCCGAGGCCAAUGGGCGAGGAGAGUUUGAGUGUCUCAAGGAGGGCCGCAAGGUCACCCGCUGCGCCGCGAGUGUGAUCAAGGACAUCAAUACCCACUGCUUGAAGCAGUUCAAUGCCCACUGGCAAUGUCUCGAAAAUAACAACCACCACAUGUGGGAGUGUCGGAAACCGGAGAUGGAAUUGAACAACUGCGUAUUCGAGAAGCUGGGACUCAAGAAGACUAUUCCCGGAACACCGGAAAACGUGACUCCCGUCCAUUUGCGACCAAAGCAAAUCUAUGCCCAGUAUCCUGGAAACCAAUAUUAG